GGACCUCGGCGAAGGCUCCAGGACUCCCUGGGCAUGCGGCGACCGGAGGCCAGAGCCCGGGGCGGGGCCGCUGUGGUCGGACGGGCGCGUUGGGCCGGGGGAGGACUUGGGCCGCCUUGACGCGGGCGCCCAGCCGGGCCGGGGCCCGUGACGCGGGCGGGAGGCGGGUGCGAGGCGGCUCCUCCUCGUCGCGAACUCUCGGUGACCUUGGCCAAGUCACUUCAUUCCCCCCUCCCGAGCCGGCGCCUUCGUCUGUAAAGUGCGAAUUAUAAGCCCUGCCUACUAGAUGGGGCGUUUUAAGGUUCGGUGGCGAGACCUCGGCGGAGUACGUGGAGUACCGGGCGGUUUGCCGGGGACUGCCCACCCUGGGGCGGGGGAGAGGGGCCUUCCUGGGACAGCGUUUUGUUGCAGCCUUUGGGCAGGAGUUCUCCUUUGGAGAUUUUAGAGACUCCAGAGAAUUACGAAACAGUUGCAAAACUUUUAACGUACAAGGAAACUUGAAGGGCUUCCUUGAGGCCCACGUUGCCCUGCUGUUAGGAGGGUGCUCACGCCCUGGCCGUGGAGACGCGAGGGUGCUCACGCCCUGGCCGUGGAGACGCUCCGAGAAGAUUUAGAAAAUCGUGUGGAGCAGCCGAGCGAGCGACACCCUUAGCUUUGGAAGAAUUGUUUGUGAUUUCUGUUGUUUGCCAAAACCCUGUAUGGGAUUUAUGGUGCUGGCCAAGCAAGUUUAGUAUGUGUCCAUGUGAGGCCUUUGUGAGCAGUGGAUUUAGUCAGCUUUACAGUAAACGGAUUUUGUAGAGAUUGAGUAUGGAGGGUCCUAAUGGUGCCAAAAGCCUUUUUGAUUGGUGGUGUGGGAUCUCAGGAGCCCUUCCUAUGGUGGGCAAAGGUCUGCGGUGUAAUGGACACUCUAUUUAUGAACGAUAGGUCACAAAAGAAGCGUAUUAGAUAUUCUAGGUUGGAAGACGUUUAUAGAGUCUUUGAAUUGACUUAAACUGAAACUUCUCACUGCAGGUGACUAGUAUGCAGAUACCCAUUCUCUGACUUGCUGGCCCUCUACUGACAUGGCCCACCGGGGUGGGGAGAGGGACUUCCAGACCUCAGCGCGGCGCAUGGGCACCUCGCUGCUCUUCCAGCUUUCAGUGCAUGAGCGGGAGCUGGACCUGGUUUUUCUGGAUCAUAGCUAUGCCAAGCCAUGGAGUGCCCACCCAGAUGCCAGUAGUGCUCGCCCCACCCGCAUGCUCUUUGUGACUCCCCGGAGGCAACACGAAAGUAACAUUGAAUCAGACGUCCCAAUAGAUGUGGAGACAGUCACAUCAACCCCUGUGCCGCUCUACGACAAUCAGAAGGCACGCAGUGUGAUGAACGAGUGUGAACGGCAUGUCAUCUUCGCCAGGACCGAUGCAGAUGCUCCUCCUCCACCAGAGGACUGGGAGGAGCAUGUCAACAGGACUGGUUGGACAAUGGCCCAGAACAAGCUCUUUAACAAGAUCCUCAAAGCCCUGCAGUCUGACCGGCUUGCCCGCUUGGCCAAUGAAGGGGCUUGCAAUGAGCCAGUGCUACGCCGUGUUGCUGUGGACAAGUGUGCGAGGAGAGUGCGGCAGGCUCUCGCAAGCGUGAGCUGGGACACCAAGCUGAUCCAGUGGCUGCAUACCACCCUGGUGGAGACCUUGAGUCUGCCCAUGCUGGCUGCCUACCUGGAUGCUUUGCAGACACUGAAAGGGAAGAUCCCUACUUUGAUUGACCGGAUGCUUGUGUCAUCUAACACGAAGACUGGGGCUGCAGGAGCUGAGGCCUUGUCCCUCCUGUUGAAGAGGCCCUGGGAUCCUGCUGUGGGGGUGCUUUCUCAUAACAAACCAAGCAAACUCCCUGGCUCUCCUCUCAUUCUCAUUGCGUCCUCUGGGCCUUCUAGCUCCGUGUUCCCCACCUCACGCCGCCACCGCUUCUGGCAAUCUCAGCUAUCCUGCUUAGGCAAGGUCAUCCCCGUAGCCACCCAUCUGCUGAACAAUGGUAGUGGAGUAGGAGUUCUGCAGUGUCUUGAGCAUAUGAUUGGGGCAGUGAGAAGCAAAGUGCUGGAGAUUCACAGCCAUUUCCCCCACAAACCCAUUAUCUUGAUUGGCUGGAAUACAGGAGCAUUGGUGGCCUGUCACGUGUCAGUGAUGGAGUACGUCACUGCAGUUGUCUGCCUUGGGUUUCCUUUACUUACUGUGGAUGGUCCCAGAGGGGAUGUGGAUGAUCCCCUCUUGGAUAUGAAGACUCCAGUCCUCUUUGUCAUUGGGCAGAAUUCCUUGCAGUGUCAUCCUGAAGCCAUGGAGGAUUUCCGGGAGAAGAUUCGAGCUGAGAACAGCUUGGUGGUAGUUGGGGGAGCUGACGAUAAUCUCAGAAUAAGCAAAACAAAGAAGAAAUCAGAGGGACUGACUCAGAGCAUGGUGGACAGAUGUAUUCAGGAUGAGAUCGUGGACUUUCUGACUGGAGUGCUCACUCGCACCGAAGGGCACAUGGGCUCCGAGCCUCGGGAUCAGGAUGCUGAGAAGAAGAAGAAGCCUCGGGAUGCAGCCCGCAGAGACCUGGCCUUUGAGGUUCCUGAGCGGGGCAGUCGGCCUGCCUCACCAGCUGCCAAGCUUCCUGCCUCACCCUCAGGCUCAGAGGAUCUUUCCAGUGUGUCCAGCAGCCCCACUUCCAGUCCCAAGACCAAAGUGACCACAGUGACCUCUGCCCAGAAGUCCAGUCAAAUCGGGAGCUCUCAGCUCCUGAAGAGACAUGUGCAGCGGACAGAAGCUGUGCUGACCCACAAACAAGCCCAAGUUCCCAUUUCAUCAGAACAAACGGAGGAGGCAGAGAAAGAGGAUCUUAGGGUCCAGCUGAAGCGCCACCAUCCUUCCAGUCCUCUUCCUGGCAGCAAGACCUCCAAGCGACCGAAGAUUAAGGUGUCCCUUAUCUCCCAAGGGGACACAGCUGGAGGGCCUUGUACUCCUUCCCAAGGAGGAGCUCCAGAAGUUGCAGGAGGGAAGCCCAUCACCAUGACGCUGGGGCAGACUUCAGCAGGGCCCAAGGAGCUCACAGGGCUUCUCACCACUACCAAGUCAAAUGCUUCUGAAGGGGGAGUCUCAGCCAGCCCAGCCUCCUCAGUCUCCAGCAGCACUGCACCCAGUGCCUUGCAUACACUCCAGAGCCGCCUAGUGGCCACCUCUGCUGGCAGCUCCCUCCCAGGGGCUACAUCAGCCAGCAGCCUCCUUCAAGGUCUCAGCUUCAGCUUGCAGGAUAUCAGCAGCAAGACCUCUGGCCUCCCAGCAAAUCCCUCCCCAGGGCCAGCCCCACAGGCCACCAGUGUGAAGUUGCCCACCCCCAUGCAGAGCCUGGGUGCCAUCACCACGGGCACCAGCACCAUUGUACGUACCAUUCCUGUGGCCACCACUCUCUCCUCCUUGGGUGCCACUCCUGGUGGGAAGCCCACAGCCAUCCACCAGCUGCUGACCAAUGGGGGCCUCGCUAAGUUGGCAAGCAGCCUCCCUGGCCUGGCUCAGAUCUCUAACCAAGCAUCAGGCUUGAAGGUCCCUACCACCAUUACUCUGACACUGCGUGGCCAGCCCAGCCGAAUCACUACACUGAGCCCCAUGGGCUCAGGAGCAGCCCCGUCAGAUGAGCCCAACUCCCAGGCGCUGCCCUCCAGCUCACAGCGCCUACCUCCAGCACCCUGAAGAUGCCGUGUGAUAUACCUUCCUUCACCAAGCUGGUGAUGGCUGCUGCACAGUGAGCCCUGGGUGCACACAUGCUGUCCUGCUGAGCUGUCCACUUGUCUGAAGACUUCUUAAGACUGCCAUUUUUGCCUCCCUGCCAACUGUCUUCAGAAUGGGCCUCUGGGUCUUAUGAAACCAUUAGGCUAGGUGAUAUGGCGCCAGCAGAGGAAACAUCGUCCUCUGGCAUCUAUGGGUCUCAUUCCCGGAAUCCCCAGGUUCCUGAGCAGAUUUGGCCAUGUAUGGAUCAGAGGCACUUCUCCAGCAUUCGCUGUGACUUGACCCAAGUAGCAGUGUUGGACUGCUCACUGCAUUUAAUAAAGGAGUUCCUUUUGGAAGUCUGUGCUACCCCCAUGCCAAGUUGGGAGGAGACAGCCACAUGGUCUGGGGCCAUUCAGGAGUUAGGAUUGAGAGCCCUUUGCUGAGGACAGGGGUCAUCCUGGCCCACCAACACUUGUGCCGUACCAGAGGGCUGGUUUUGGACGUCACUGUUACUUUCACUGAGCAGCCAUGGGUGAGCACAUCUCUGUCUUACGAACCACAUCAGAUACUGAGUUAGCCUGCUGAGACUUGGGAACUCCUAAAUUCAAACCCAUGAUAGAUCAAAGAGGACUAGGCUGUCAUCUUUCAGUCCCUUUGGCCACUAUAGAUGGCGGGGGUGGCAGUUGGCCAGUAGGUGAAAGCUGGCCCCUUUCUUGUUUUCAUCAUGCUUCGGGCAGUUCCUGUGUGCAGAAAACCUGCAGGUCCAGAAAGACUGAAAAAGAGGAAUGGAACAAAUGAAGUGGCUUGAAGGAUAUGCCAGUAAGUCCUGUGGAGAAAAUGAUAGGGGCUUCAGGUUUUGCACCUAGUACCUAAGGAACUGUUGAUUCGACAUGGAGAUGAGAAGAAGGAUUUUCCAAGUCACAGGGAAGAAACCCCAAUCCCUGAAAUUUCUAUCUCCAGUGCUUGGAAGUGAAAUAGGGAUAACUGGCUAAGUUAACAUCUUGGCCUGGCUUCCCAGGAAGCUUAAGCAUCAAGAUAAUGAAGGCAGUACUUUAGUGUUUCUGUUUCCAUUCUAUGCCACUUCUUGUCUUCUUGCUUAGUAGUGGGAAGGUUACUGGCAUUGACUGUACUGUGUGAGGCUCUUGGUACUAGCCUGAGUCCUGGAGAAUGAUCACUGAAGACAGGAGUUCUGAGCCCCUCCUUAUGUCCUCACAAUACUUGUAUGCCAAGGUAGUUUUAGAUUUGGCAUCAUACCUGUCCUCCAGAUCAGGCUCUCAACCUUCUGUACUCUAGAAAAUUUCUAGCCAAGGUGUCAAUAAAUAGAGCAACCCAGAUGUGACUCCGACUCUGUUCAGUAUCAGUAGGCAGGAGGGUGCACAGCAUGCCAUUGCCGUGGUCCAGCGUCCUGACCCAUGGUGCAGCAUAUAUCCAAACCAGGUCCCCUGUAUUUAGUCCAGCAGCCUCACCUGCCAGUCUGACUGGCAGCCAGGAGGGAGUACACAGUGUGUAGGAGUCUGAGACAAAGCAAAAAGGAGUGCUGUGGGCAAGGAGGGGGCAUGUGUGAUAGGUGUGCAGAGAGCCUCUUGAACAACCAGGCCUCCCUCCCCGACCUCCUGCAGAGCUGGUCUCAGCAGUGAUUUGCAUAAUAUUAGGCUUCAUUCUUGCAUUAGUUGGUAGGUAACUGCUUUUGGAAAUUUAUUUAAGUAAGUUUGAGGAAGAUAUGAAAUCUGAAAGAGGCAUCCAUGGGUCAGGGGUUUGGUAACUUUAAAGGCAGGAUAACAUGCCAGUAGGAACCAAGGGCAGUAAGACUGUGUGAGACUACCGGAAACUUUUAGGAAUCAUUUAGGACAGGCAAAGGGUGCUGAGCAAUCCAUUCAUGACUUAGAAGUACAGCCUAGACAAUGCUGGAGGGGUUGCUCCUGAAAGAUGCUCGCCCAGUGUGUGCUGGGACCAAAGGAAAAACUAACGUAUUGUCCUGCAUCUGUGUAAACCCUCGUAUGCUUCCCAUGGAUGACUUCCUGAGGCUUUGGUUGUACACCUUGAAGAAAAGCCAAACCUGGGAAGGGGAGUUGUAAGAACAUUUCACCUUGGAGUUACAGACUAAAGGGGGAGGUGGUUGAACUAAGGGAGUCAUGUUCUUCACACUUCUGCACCCACUCUUCUCGAAAUGUGAAAAGAAGCUUUCCUCCAUCUAUCACGUAUCAGACCUAGAGUCCUUAACCUCAGAAGGCAAUACUACUGGCUGAGAAUGUAGAAGGAUCAAGAAGGCUUUAGUUCAAUUCUUGACAUUCAACAUGACAGGUGCAUGUUGAUGCCUGAUGGAAGAUGUCCUUGUGCUUUAAGAAGAGGUCACUGAUGGAGAUCUUCUACCUGUUCUUGGCCCCACCACUAGAAUAAUCUUGGGCUGGGUGGGUUAUAGAAUUGAGGCACUGUCACGGUUCAUUCUUAUAUUAGUAAAAACAAAAAUAAAAGCAACUUUGGAUUUCUUCAACUUGUUUUCAGUUGACUUCUCAUAUUUAUUCUGAUGACCACUCAGUGAAGUGGCACAGAAAAUAAAAGCCAAGAUAGUGUGGUAAUGCCAGAGAUCAUCUCAUGGAUGCCUGGUGCCAUGAGUACCGUACUUUGCACUGUACCAUGGGUACCGUAAUUCCCUUUUUACAUGUGAGGAAAUAGGCACAGAGAAGUCACAGCAGGAAGUGGCAGAAGUAGGACUAGAAUCCAUGCAGUCUGCCACCACUGUCUGUUCUCUGCACUGUUCUGGGGUUCUGAGAUGGGACGCAGAAAUGGACAUUAGCCCAGGAGGUGAGAUGAUGGCUUUGCCUUCCUGUGGCCCUUUCCUGUUAACUUCCCAUCAGGCCUGAAGUGAUUCCUGCGGCUGUGGUGGGCUCUUGGCUGGGUCAGAAUCAGUAGGUAGGGUCCUUGCCUUGGGUCCUGAGAGUGUGAAAUCUCUUUGAACAUUCUAUACUUCUGUCCCCUCCCAUAAGUAAAUAAAGACAGGAAUGAAUGAAUGAAUGAA